CGUCCUCUCCGCAUAAUGGUGCUUUCCAGAACCAGCAAUUUUUUUUUUACGAAGCUUUCUGGUGAUUAAGGCUUUUUUUUAUGUUCAGCAAUUUAUGUGAAGGAGAAUGGAUUAUGCGUGCGCGCGCUGCCAUCAGCAUGACAAGAAUCGAGUUGAGAGCGCGCGCGACAGACAAAUGACAAUUUUAGUCAUUCUGUUGAUUUUUGUUGCGCUUCUUCCAUAUGCGCUCACAGCGCACUUGGCUGUCAUAUCCCCCCAGGACCCAGUGCUUCCCAUCGGCUCGAGCUUGACUGCGGUGUGCACCAUUAGUGCCGAGCUGGAAAUAACAGCUAGAUCCUUGUACUGGACGCUGAAUGGAAGACGCUUGGCUAGAAACACUUAUAGGGUCCUGAGCCCGACCGAAUCCAGCGUCACACUUCAUCAACUGAAUGGCUCCUUGCAGCGGUCAGGAGACAACCUGGUUUGCCACAGAAGUAACGGAGAAGUGUUGGCCGGAUCGUGUCUUUAUGUCGGCUCGCCCCCUGAGAAACCCGUCAACCUGACAUGCUGGUCACGAAACACCAAGGAUCUCAGCUGCAGAUGGAGUCCGGGAAGUCUAGGAGAGACGUUCAUCAACACCAAAUACAUCCUCAAGUACAAACUAAAAUGGUACGGUAAAGAGAAAGACUGUGAGGACUACACGGGACAGCCGUAUACAUGCUACGUUCCUCGCGACCUUGCCAUUUUUACGCCAUAUGAAGUCUGGGUGGAGGUGUCCAAUCAGCUCGGCUCUGCCACUUCUGAUGUCAUCACCUUAGACAUUUUAGAUGUAGUAACUACAGAUCCGCCUCCUGAUGUCCUUGUGAGCCGCGUUGGAGAUCUGGAAGAUCAGUUAAGUGUACGUUGGGGCAGUCCUCCUGCCCUGAAAGACUACCUGUUUCAGGCCAAGUAUCAGAUACGAUACCGUGUGGAGGACAGCGAUGAAUGGAAGGUCAUAGAUGAUGCCUGGAACCAGACGUCUUGUCGGUUAGCGGGUCUCAGGGCCGGUACAGUGUAUUUCGCCCAGGUACGCUGCAACCCGAUAGGCGUCUACGGCUCGAAGAAAGCAGGUAUUUGGAGCGACUGGAGCUACUCGACUGCCGCAUCGACACCUGGCAUCGGGCACAAUUGA